AUGAGUGACCUUCAAGCUGCCCAACGUUUUGUUGACUACGUCAAUGCUUCCCCAUCCCCUUACCAUGCUGUGCAUAAUGUCAAGUCUUUGCUUGUGAAGAAGGGAUUCGAGGUUUUGAAGGAAAGGGACAGUUGGGAUAUCAAGCCUGACUCGAGCUAUCUCGUGACUCGUAAUGGCUCUUCCUUGAUUGCCUUCUCGACAGGUACUGACUACAAGCCAGGAAGCCCUGUGGGUAUCAUUGGUGCUCACACCGAUUCGCCAUGUCUCAGAAUCAAGCCUAUCUCGAAGAAGUCCAACCAGGGCUUUAUUGAAAUCGGCGUUGAAACUUAUGGUGGCCUCAUUGCACACUCCUGGUUCGACAGAGAUUUGUCUGUUGCCGGUAGAGUCUACAUUCGUGACAAGGACGGCAACUACGUGCCUAAGUUGUUGCAUUUGAAUAAGCCUUUGAUGAGAAUCCCAACCUUGGCUAUUCAUUUGAACAGAGAUGCCAAUACUAAAUUUGAAUUCAACCGCGAGACAGAAUUGCUUCCUAUUGCCGGACAAGAAGAGUUUGGCCACUCUUGUAAAGAUGACCCAGCUUUGCAAUUCCCUGAUGAAGCAUUCCAAGCUGUCAAGCAUGUUGUGCAACGUCAUAACGAGUCCUUGGUGAAGUUGAUUGCCAAAGAGUUGGAUGUCGAGCCUAAACAGAUUGAAGAUUUCGAGUUGGUUCUCGGUGAUUACCAGCCAGCUACACUUGGUGGUUUGCAUGAUGAGUUCAUCUUCGGUCCUCGUCAAGAUAACUUGACUUCUUGUUUUGCAGCUGCUGAAGCCCUUGCUGAUGCUCAUCCUGCCAAUGACGGUGUUGCGAUGAUCUCUUUGUUCGACCAUGAGGAAAUUGGUUCGGUCUCUGCCCAGGGUGCUGACUCCUCAUUCUUGCCUGAUGUGCUUUCUCGUCUUGCUUCAAGCGAAAGCGGUGACUUCCCACGUAUGUGCAGCAGGUCUUUCUUGUUGUCUUCUGACCAGGCUCACGGUGUUCAUCCAAACUAUGAAAGAUUCUAUGAAACGGCUAACAAGCCAGAGGUUAACCAAGGCCCAGUGAUCAAAAUUAAUGCCAACCAGAGAUACGCCACUAACUCGCGUGGUAUUGUUCUUAUCAAGGCUGUCGCUGAUAAGGCACGCAUUCCAUUGCAGUUGUUCGUCGUGAGAAAUGACUCUCCAUGUGGUUCUACUAUUGGACCUAUGCUUUCUGCCAAGUUGGGUAUCAGAACGCUUGAUUUGGGUAACCCUCAAUUGUCCAUGCAUUCUAUCAGAGAAACAGGUGGGUCUCAUGAUAUCGAGCGUUUGACCGCUUUGUUCAAUGGCUUCCUUUCCAACUACGUCAAGGAAGAUGUGAAGAUUGAAUGCGAUUAA